AUGUGUAAUGUCAUCAUGGAUACAAUAAUGAUGAUGAGAGAUAAAGAAGAGAAACCAUUUGAGAAGAAGAAGAAGAAUGAUCCAACAUGGCUUUGUGCUGAUGAGAAAGAGAAAAACUUAACUGUUUCCAAGUAUUUUGGUUAG